UGAGCGAACAGGAGGUGUGCAACCUAUGGGACAACUUUCUGCCACGUGCUGAGUUGAUCGGGGCGCCAUUCAUGACCCAUCUAACAAGUACCAUGAUCGAUCGACAUGUCAUGAAAUUGCCAAAGAGCCUAUCUGAGAGUUGUGGCAUCGAGGCUGAUGAAGAAGGCUAUGCUGGAAUACGCCUUACCGCAAGGGGCCCCGUCACUACUUGUGCGUACGGCGUGGAAACGGACGGUCGCACACAUUUAAGCACAGAUGGGUGGAAGAGCUUCCUCGUUGACAAGAAUCUUCAUGUUGGACAGGCCAUCCUUAUUACUAUCAGGAACACCAACCGUCAAGGCUUGAAGAUGAUGAUCGUCAUCGAUAUCAUCUAAACUAUAUAUGCGUGUGGCUGCUGAUGAUCGUCAUGUUUGAUUGCUACCUAU